AUGCCAAGGACACAUGCUAAUAAUGCGAGCUCUAAUAACGAGAAUGCAGAAGCCCUUGGGGAAUUCCUCAAGACAUUGGGGGCCAUGACUCAGAUGAUGAAAGAUAGUAUGCCAGCCCCGGUUACCCCAACCCCGGAACAGACUGACAGUGGACUAAUAGAACGAUUCAGGAGACUAGCACCUCUGACAUUCCUAGGGCAUAGGGGAGUAGAAAAAGCAGAGCGAUGGAUAAGGCAAAUGGAAAAGAUAUUUGAAGUAUUGCCUUGCAGUGAUGAGCAGAAGGUUAGGUUAGGGGCCUUCAUGUUAGAAGGAGAUGCUGAGCACUGGUGGGGCUCAAUAAAACAAUCUUGGGAAAGGUCAGAGACAGAAGUGACUUGGGAAAAUUUCUUGGAAGCCUUCAAUGAGAAGUACUUCCCUGACGGGUGUGUUCUACCUAUAGACUUGAUACUAUUAGACAUCGAAGAUUUUGAUGUGAUUUUGGGCAUGGACUGGUUGUCUGCACAUUAUGCAACACUCUUCAGGCUGUUGGCCAAAGAAUGCGUUGAGUAUCUGGCUUACGUAGUGGAGAAUUGGGAUGGCCAGUCAAAGUUAGAUGAGAUACCAGUAGUGAGGGAGUAUCUAAAAGUUUUUCCUGAAGAGUUAACCACUCUGCCUCCAAUUAGAGAGAUAGAAUUUGAAAUAAAGGUGGUUUCUGACACUGCUCCCAGUUCUAAAGCCCCUUAUAGGAUGGCCCUAGCUGAAUUGAAAAAACUGAAGGAGAAAUUGCAAGAGUUAUUAGAGAAGGGAUUCGUUCGGCCUAGUGUGUCAUCAUGGGGUGCACCGGUUUUAUUUGUGAAAAAGAAAGAUGGGACCUUAAAACUUUGUAUAGAUGAUAGACUGUUGAACCAGGUCACAGUAAAGAAUAAGUACCCCUUGCCUAGAAUUGAUGACUUCUGUGAUCAGCUUCAAAUGACUCAAGUGUUUUAA